UUCAACCAGUGGGUCCAGACAUCAGUUCAUCACCUGUGAUGUCCUCGUCUGAUUGGCUUUGGAAGACUUGGCAUGAUCCCAAAACCUCCCCCUUCGUGGAAGAUGUAGGAGUGUGAAUUUAUCGCCACGUAGGUGCCACGUGAUGAAGGCCAAACUCUCGGAAAGUCCUUUGCGCCGGGAACAGCCCAUUAUUCCUCCCGAUACUGUACGUCGGUGUUCUUCCCAUACUUUUCAUUUUUUCGGGGCAAAGGCGGUGCAACGCGUUCUAUCUUAAUAAAUAUUAUGGACAGCAUCCCCCUCUCCCCCACUACACAACACAUCACACAGUACCCAAGUCCUGGAGAUUCGGAUUGAGAUCACAGUAGGUGUUAUUGAUAAAUCGACUGCGAAUAGAAAGCUCAGCACCAUGGUGGCGGUGAAGAGAGCAAAUCGCCAAUAAUCUAAUUUAGCAAGGGAAAGUCGCGAGCGUUGCAGGUGUGCAUCCCCUACCGUCUAGGCAACUUGAAGAGGUAGUUCCACCGACUCUUGAGUCCGAUGGAUCCCCUGCUGGACGGACAGUCCUCUCUGCAGAUCUACUCGAUGUCGUUGCUCGCAUUAUUGUCGAGCUGAAGUGCCGCCUCUGUGUUUCAAAGAAGGUUUCGCAGCGUUUCUUAUUUCACAGUUUUCUCCUGAAGAUCGGUCGGAAGCCGCCCUAUGGGUGACACUUCCUUCUCUCUUUUCUUGGCCAGCUCUAAGCAAUUGGAUACACUCGGUGUCAAACUGAGUGAAUACAAUGGUGCAGAGCUGAUCAAGAAAAGGGCUUCUUCCCAAAUGUUUGCAUUUGGUUCCUGCCCUCCUAUUUUUCAAGUUAUUCCAUCUAGGGCAGGAGUUUUCUCCGUCGGUCGCCGCUUGACUAAGUCGCCAAUCUCCUCGUCCUCAAGUUUGGUGAUUUCUUCCAUAUGAACUGAAGUUGUCAAGAGGACUCUUGUGGCCCCUCAAAAUCAAUAGGCGUAUCUUUAGCCGCAUUGUGAGCAACUAUUCCGUUAGAGCGCGACUGGUAAACUAGAAAACCAAUUUCAUCUUACCCCAUAUCUUGUUGAAAACCUGCCCAAGCCAACCCACAGCCUAGAACAAGAACUUCAGAAACACGUAGCAAAACACAUUUUUCUGAAUGGAAGUGUCAAAGAUCUUACUUCAUCUCUUUCACAUCUCUAUUCAGAAAAAUGUGUUUUGCUUCAUGUGUACAUUGAACAAGUGUCCAUGUAUGUUAGAGAAUUCACCUCAUGUAUAUACUGAUCAGAUUAUUCAGGUUGUAAAAAUUGAGAAAACGAUAUGAAAGACAUGAGCUUUUGCUUCUU